GACCUGGAACACUUUUAGGGUGCAGUAAUAAGCUCCUUGUCUUUUCAAUGGAUUUACAAUAAACUGAAGAUUCGUAUUACUGUGGAGUGCCAGGCACCAUAUCUCUUUCUGCAUAUUUGGAUCUGGAUUCUGCCCCAGAGACCCAGACACAGAACACGGAGCCAUGGCGCUGUCCAUCAUCCUCGCAGUUCUUUUCAUCCUCCUCAUCGCUCACAUCAUUUACCAGUCAUGGUCCCAACAGAAUAAAUACAAGUCACUGCCUCCUGGACCUACCCCAAUUCCUGUGGUGGGGACCCCCCAGUACCUACGGUUGAGAGAUGCCAUCGCCAACUAUAGCAUGCUCAGCAAGCAAUAUGGCAGAAUAUUCACCAUCUGGAAAUUGUCAGAACCGGUGAUCGUUCUGUGCGGGUAUGAAAUGCUGAAAGCAGGUCUGAUGGAUUACCCCGAGGAGGUGUGCGAACGACCAUUCCUUCCAGUAUUUGAAGUCGCCACCAAGGGAUACGCUAUUAAUGGAGUACGAUGGCGCCCUCUUCGCCGCUUCGCCCUACUAACCCUUAGAAACUUGGGGAUGGGGAAGAGAGCUGUGGAGGUGAAAAUGCUGGCAGAAUGCAAACGACUGGUCAAGGCUAUGGCAGAGACAGCAGGGAAACCCUUCAACGCAUCAAUGUACCUCGCCAGUAAUGUGAUAAACAUCAUGGCUACUAUUCUGUUUCGAAGUCGUUUUGAUUACUUGGACGAGCGGCUUCCAGAACUUAUCGUGACUAUGGCCAGACAUAUCAACGGGGUUACAUCUCCGCUAAGCACGCUCUGCAAUUUUGUCCCAGCUCUUCUGUACAUCCCUCAAAUCAGGCAUAAAGUCAUUAAAGACAGUCAAUAUGUCCAGGAGUUUGUGGCAGAAUGUAUAAAGCCUAACAUAGAGACUUUCUCGAUGUCUGUGCCACCGCGGGAUUUCAUAGACCAUUUCAUGGUGAAGAUUAAGGAGGUGGAACAUGAGAAGGACACAGCUUUCUGUGACACCAGUCUCCUCAUGGUGACUGUAGCACUUUUAGCAGGUGGAACUGAGACAACAUCUACUAGCCUAAAAUUCGCCCUGGUGUUAUUGGCCAAUUAUCCAGAAAUACAAGCUAAAGCUCAGCAGGAGGUAGACGAGUACGCCAAGAACUCGCGUCAGUUGGAGAUCGAGGACAGACCCCACUUACCAUAUACAAAUGCUGUCCUUCACGAAUGCCAGAGAAUUCUUGAUGUAGCACCAACUGCACUUUUCCAUACCAAUGUUGAAGAGAUUAAAAUCAAGGAUUAUACCAUCCCAAAGGGGUCUACCUUGAUCCCCUUCCUCACAUCCGUUCUCAGAGACCCAACUCAGUGGGAGACUCCGGAAGAGUUCAAUCCCGGGCAUUUCUUGACAGAGGACGGACAGUUCCGCCCCAGGCCGGCAUUCCUACCUUUCUCCGCAGGGAAGCGUGGGUGUCCUGGACAGUGGCUGGCCCGCAUGCAACUCUUCAUCGUCUUUGCUGCUAUGGUCCAGAACUUCACCUUCAAAAUGCCCCCAGGGGAACCACGACGGGACUGGAAAUAUCUAAAUCAACGCAAGUAUUACUACAUGAGAGAAGCCGAGAUAUGCGCUGAGUAUCGUCAUGCGUGCAACUGAUAGCCCGCUGUUCAGCCGCAGACCAUGGAAGAGAAUGAGAAAUAAAAUCCAGAAAAUAUGACGAAAAAAGACACUAGAAAAAAAACUUGAAAAAAUUUCCAAGUAUUAACGUAAAGUGAUGGCGACGGCUCAGCCGUCAUGUGUCAGAAUAUCUUAGGAGCUUAUGCCUUCUAGGGUGAAUCCAGUGUGGAUGAGGUUCGGGAUCUGCUGCGGCUCUCCGCCAUCUUCCUGUAAUAAUAAGAUGAUGAUGUGCACUAUUAUGUCUUGUGGUAUUGCUGCAUCUUCUAAUGAUAUAAAUCCUCCUUUGCUCACUUUAUAUUGUACUUUGUGGUGGAUUUCUGGUAUGGAUUCUGAGGGUUAUGUUCCCACCGCCUGUAACAAGCGAUAAUGCCACCAGAUGCAAGGCAGCUAUCCUUUAAGUCAAUGUUCAACCCAUUAAAUAAGCCUUGAGACAUGACUUGGAUAUUAAAUAAGCCAGCAUCCCAUCUGCAGACAGCUAUUUCGGGGUGAUUGCCCCUCAUCAGUGCGGAGCAGAGAAUACUGGCUUAACUGUGUGAGAGGCCAAGUCAGGAUUUGGGGGUACUAUCUCUCCUUGGGGAGAGAGCGCCUUAAUGGGCGUGAGGAGACUUAUAGGCCAUACAGGCUACUCUGGAA